GGUCGCCUUCAUAGCUUUGGAGAAGGCGCUGCCGAUUACCUGGAGUCCAGAGAGUCCAGGUGGCAGUGCUGGGAGAUGCAGGGAAGCGUCGGACGGUCAGGGGGGCGGCAGAGAGAGGGCCCCAGCCCUUCUGGGAAGGACUCUGGCAGGUGGUGGACCGGGGCGUGCGCACACCUCGAAGCCGGCCUGGCAGGUUGCGGCCCCUCCUCUCCGGCUCUUGCCGGGAGCUGGAGGCGGAGGCGAGGGCUGGGCUUCUGGAGUGGGCGCGGCCCCGCAGUUGGUCCGGCGCACCUCCCCAAAGUUCCUCUGGGGUGCUUCCAGCAGUCAACUUUCUUCUAGGAGUCCUCCCCGCGCCCUGGUGGCCUCCCAGGAGUUGCGCCCCACUGGCGUCCCCUAAGGCACCGGGGUCUCGGGGUUGCAGAGCGAGUUCUCUGGGGGCUGCGCCGGCUUUUGCUCCCACCCAGUGAUUCCUCCGCUCCUUUAGCUGGGCCGGCUGCCCUGGAAGAGGCUGAGCCCAGAGAGCUCGCGUUUCUCUUGGCCCAAACUUUCUGAAGAAGUUAGUCGCGAAGAGCUUAUUUCUUCCAAAGAGUGUGGGACGAAUCGGAUCUGAAGUGAUCUGGCUGCUCCUACUAUAUGCUGGAGAAGGGGGCAGCAGCGCCUCCCCGCGUCCCCAUUCCCAGUCUUUGGAAGUCCUCUCCAGGGAAUUUCCAAGUAGUUCAGACUGAUGAUCCAGAAAUCUCUUGAGGUGAUCUGUGUGAUAGAGUGAAGCAGACAUAUAAAACCCAGGAACAGAUUGGCUGCUCUUAUGAGAGAAAACAAUUACAGGUCUCCGCAAGUGACAAAUGUAAAGAGACCUCUCUUCGGUUGUGGCACUUGAAUCUCAGCGAUGACACUCCAAGUUUCCAAUGAAAAUUAAAUAUGACUUAGGAACAUCGAACCUUGGGAAGGUUUAUGAUGUCAUCGGUUGCCAGGGGCAGCAAAAUCCAGCAGGCUGUCAGCCUGCAGGGAGUUGACCCAGAAACGUGCAUGAUAGUAUUUAAAAAUCACUGGGCACAGGUUGUAAAAAUCUUGGAGAAACAUGACCCUUUGAAAAAUGUCCAGGCAAAAUAUGGAUCUAUUCCUCCAGAUGAGGCCAGUGCUGUCCAGAAUUAUGUAGAACAUAUGCUGUUCUUGCUGAUAGAAGAACAGGCAAAGGAUGCUGCCAUGGGACCCAUUCUGGAGUUUGUGGUCUCAGAAAACAUCAUGGAGAAGCUAUUCCUUUGGAGCUUGAGGCGAGAAUUCACUGAUGAGACUAAGAUCGAACAGCUGAAGAUGUAUGAGAUGUUGGUGACCCAGUCCCACCAGCCUUUGUUGCACCACAAGCCCAUCUUAAAACCUCUAAUGAUGUUGUUGAGCUCCUGUUCUGGGACAGCCACUCCAGCUGUGGAAGGAGAGCUGGUUGUCUUGCUCAAUCAGCUCUGUUGCAUCCUAGCCAAAGAUCCAUCCAUUUUGGAACUCUUUUUCCACACUAGUGAAGAUCAAGGAGCUGCCAACUUCCUGAUUUUCUCCCUCUUAAUUCCCUUCAUUCACCGUGAGGGGACAGUAGGACAGCAGGCAAGAGAUGCUCUCCUUUUCAUUAUGGCCCUCUCAGCUGAGAACAGCAUGGUGGCCACCCACAUUGUGGAGAACACCUACUUUUGUCCAGUGCUAGCAACAGGAUUAAGUGGUCUCUACUCUUCUUUGCCUACAAAACUAGAAGAGAAGGAAGAUGAAUGGCACUGCCUUCUGAAGGAUGACUGGUUACUUCUGCCUUCUCUGGUCCAGUUCAUGAAUUCCUUGGAGUUUUGCAAUGCAGUCAUACAGGUUGCCCAUCCUCUGAUUCGUAACCAGCUUGUCAACUACAUUUAUAAUGGGUUCUUAGUACCAGUGUUGGCGCCUGCUCUUCAUAAGGUGACUGUGGAGGAAGUGAUGACCACCACGGCUUACCUGGACCUCUUCCUGCGCAGCGUCUCCGAGCCCGCGCUCCUCGAGAUUUUCCUUAGAUUUAUCUUGCUGCACCAACAUGAGAAUGUCCACAUCCUGGACACACUGACAAGUCGAAUCAACACCCCAUUUAGGCUCUGUGUGGUGUCCCUGGCACUGUUCAGAACCCUCAUUGGCUUGCAUUGUGAAGAUGUGAUGUUGCAGCUGGUUCUGCGGUACCUAAUCCCGUGCAACCACAUGAUGAUGAGUCAGAGGUGGGCCGUGAAAGAGAGAGAUUGCUAUUCUGUGUCUGCUGCUAAGCUGCUUGCUCUGACCCCUGUGUGCUGCUCCAGUGGAAUCACGCUGACUCUGGGGAACCAGGAAAGAGACUACAUUCUCUGGUCCAGUUCUCACACAGUGAUUCAGGUGGGAAUUUGAUUGGAGUCAUCUUGGAACAAAAAAGAGCCACAUUCCUUUUCUUUGUCUAUGGGAUGUCUUUCUUGGGCAGAUGGAGCAAUAUGCCAUAACCACCAGACAGGUUGAAGGCUGCUUCUUCAGCUUAUGAGUGACUAAUUUGGGGUUGUGUU